UGCGCGCGCUUCCGGGCUGACAGUCGCCGGGAGCCGGGAGCUUACGCGCAGUGGUGCCGGGGGCGUGGAUCGGCGACAGGCCCGGCUUGGUGUCCUCUGGGCAGCCCGGUGGACUGACUGUAGUAGGACCCCGCCGGCCGGCCCUGACAGAUUUAAACCUCUUCGGAGUCUUCUGGAGAAAAUGGCGGACACAACACCUGAGCCUUCUGGGCAUCUUAUUGUACACUCAGACACUCACAGUGACACUGUCCUGGCUAGUCUUGAGGAUCAGAGGAAGAAGGGCUUUCUUUGCGAUAUUACUUUGAUCGUGGAGAAUGUGCAUUUCCGAGCUCAUAAAGCCCUACUGGCUGCCAGUAGCGAGUAUUUCUCAAUGAUGUUUGCGGAAGAGGGCGAGAUUGGCCAGUCCAUUUAUAUGCUGGAAGGCAUGGUUGCAGACACCUUUGGUAUCCUGCUGGAAUUUAUCUAUACAGGUUAUCUACAUGCCAGUGAGAAAAUGACAGAACAAAUCCUGGCUACUGCCCAAUUCUUAAAAGUCUAUGACCUGGUAAAGGCUUACACCGACUUCCAGAAUAGCCAUAACUCCCCAAAGCCACCGGCCUUGAACUGCUCAGGUACUCCGGUGGUGGUUAUUUCCAAUAAGAAGAAUGAUCCUCUGAAACGGAAACGGGGAAGGCCAAGAAAAACCAACAGUUUGCAGGAAGGGAAAUCGGAGCUAGCUGCAGAGGGAGAGGUGCAGCUAAGAGUGAACAAUUCCGUUCAGAAUAGACAAAACUUUGUAUUUAAAGAAGACAGUGUCAGACUGAAUGAGCAGACUCCCAAAGAAAAGGAGUUGGAGCCUGCCGGUGAGCCAGGCAGUGUGGAGGAGAUGCCUGCCGAGAAGGACGAGAACUCUGACCCCAAGGCUCGGGAUGGACCGGGAAGCCAGAGCAGGUACAGCAAGCGGAGGACUCGCAGGUCUGUCAAGCUUAAAGACUACAAACUUAGUGGAGAUGAAGAUGACCAGAGCACAGCCAAGAGGGCGACGUGUGGGAGGCAAAAGCGUUCCAGCGCUCCCGAGGCCCGCUGUAAAGACUGCGACAGAGUCUUUAAAUAUAGUCACUUCUUAGCCAUCCACCAGAGACGCCACACUGGGGAGCGACCCUUCAAAUGCAGUGAGUGUGGAAAGGGCUUUGCUCAGAAGCACUCCUUGCAGGUUCACACCAGGAUGCACACGGGGGAGCGGCCAUACACCUGCACCGUGUGCAGCAAGGCGCUGACCACCAAGCACUCCCUGCUGGAGCACAUGAGCCUGCACUCAGGGCAGAAGUCUUUUACCUGUGAUCAGUGUGGAAAGUAUUUCAGCCAGAAAAGACAGCUAAAGAGCCAUUAUCGUGUCCAUACAGGCCACUCACUACCAGAAUGCAACCACUGCCAUCGCAAGUUUAUGGAUGUGUCCCAGCUAAAGAAACAUCUGCGGACGCACACAGGUGAGAAGCCAUUUACUUGUGAAAUCUGUGGGAAAUCUUUCACAGCAAAGAGCUCCCUCCAGACCCACAUCAGAAUCCACCGAGGAGAAAAGCCGUACUCCUGCAGCAUCUGCGGCAAAUGCUUCUCUGACUCCAGUGCCAAGAGGAGACACUGCGUCUUACAUACGGGCAAAAAGCCUUUCUCCUGCCCUGAGUGUAGCCUACAGUUUGCUCGCCUAGACAAUUUGAAGGCUCACCUGAAAAUCCACAGCAAGGAGAAGCACGCGUCAGACUCCAGCAGUGUUUCUGGCAGUAGUGCUGACGAGGUGCGGAACGUUCUUCAGCUGCAGCCAUACCAGCUCUCCGCCUCAGGAGAGCAGGAGAUUCAGCUUCUCGUUACCGACUCUGUGCAUAACAUUAACUUCAUGCCCACUCCCAGCCAGGGAGUUAGCAUUGUAGCUGCUGAGAGCUCUCAGAACAUGGCCACAGACCCGGCUGCCAACAUCACCCUGCUCACACAGCAGCCGGAGCAACUGCAGGGCCUGAUUCUUUCAGCUCAGCAGGAGCAGACAGAGCACAUUCAGAGCCUCGGCAUGAUUGGAAGCCAGAUGGACACCUCCCAGACCGAGCCAGUGCAUGUGAUCACACUGUCCAAGGAAACGCUGGAGCACCUCCAUGCUCACCAGGAGCAAACAUCCAGCUCAGUGCCUGCAGCGGACACAGGAGCCCGAGCCUCCUCUCCCCCCUCCACUAGGCCAGGGGCAGAGCUGACACAGGCACCUCUGACUGUUCCCCUGGACCCUUCCCCUGGAGCCACAGUGGCGGGGUGGCCCUUUGGGCCGUCCUCUUAUAGAUCCUUAAAGAUGUGAUCUGCCCCUUACUUAUAAUGGGCUCCGUCAGGGCAGAGUCUGUCUUAUCUAUAACAUCAACUCAUAUUUGGCAUUUAAAUAUUGAUGAGGGUUUCCACUUUGAUCUACUAUCUGCUCUUCAGGAUUGGUAGUUUUCCUUCAGGGGCAUUGAUUUUAUUAUACUUUUCUGUAAGUGUUGAAUGUCCACAGCCAUAGAGUAUGGUCUGGUUUAGAACCAACAGAGUCGUGCCUGGGGUGCAUCUUUGGGUAUAGUGGGGUUAUUUCUCUUGGGCAGUAUGCUUGCCAUUCCCAAACGAGUCAGCCCUACUGUAAGUGAUCACGGCAAGAUUCCCCUCCAGGAACUUACCCCUAAGAGAGCGCCUCUUGGAUUUAUCUCUGUGUGGUACGGCGGGGCGGGCUGACCGUGUUGCACUGAAGCUAUCUUGUCAUGCUCACAAACCAUACUCGCGACACAAAAGCCAAAGUAACUUUAAAGGUUUUGAAUACAACUUUGCUUCAAAACGUGGAUUUAUACAUUUUUUUUUAAAGAAGCAGGCUAUUAAAUUUUAUUUUAAAAAAUCUCCGGGGCUGGGGAUUUAGCUCAGUGGUAGAGCGCUUACCUAGGAAGCGCAAGGCCCUGGGUUCGGUCCCCAGCUCCGAAAAAAAAGAACCAAAAAAAAAAAAAAAAAAAAUCUCCAAAGUAUGAAACUGGAUCAAGAUACUCAUUCCAAAUAAACCAAAUUUUGUCAGAUAAUGAUACUUGAUUUUUAUCAAAAAGAAGUCUUAGUUACCUGGAACUUUAAAGUUUCUCAGUGUACCAUAAGUCCUAAAUGCACUGCUGACUUGUACUUGAGCGCAGCAUUCUGAGUUCCGCGUCCAUCGUCCAUCGUAGGACUCCUGCAGGAAGAACUGGGCUCUGUCUGCAUGGCCGUCCAGGUUAACCCCACUCCACACCGCUUCCUUCUGAGCCUCAGAGCGAAAGCAGCCGCCUGCGUCCAUGAUGGAGGGACUUUCAAGCCAACACUAAGUUAUGUCUGGGUUCUGUUUUCACGAUCACUGCACUAGUUGAAUUCUUGGACUUCUCAGGAAGCUGGCGGCCUUGCUUGAGGAAAGAGAUAGGGUGCUGGGAACACGGUGCAGGGGACCGUCGGUGUGAACUCGUGUCUUCACAGCCGUCAUUCUUCUUCCCUUCGUGUAUUCCCAGCCAAAUCCACUAUAUUUCUGCAAAUUAAAGAACUAGACAAUUCUUCACAUUAGCAAGAACAUUUUUGUUCUAUAUGCACCGAGUUGUUUUAUUAGACAUAAUUUAUAAAUUGAAUACCAAGUUGUAGAUACGGAUCGGCUGUGUAAUGUGCACUCUGAUCUGACUGGCACAAAUGCUGCUUCCCUUUAGUAAUUUAGACUCAGUUUAGUCAUUUGAGCUAUGUAUUCACUGUGACGUGUGAGCAUGGCUUAUAUACAGGCCUUAUCCCCUG